CUAGCGCACAGUCGUGAUUCGCCCCUUCUUGCUUUUCCAAAGAGAAAAAACGAAACGGAAACACCCCUUCGUUUUUGUUUUUUGUUUUAUUCAUUUCGGUGCUACUGCUGAAUUCGAUCUCUGGCGUGACUCACCAACGAUGUGGCGAAGAAUUUUCGCUUCUCAGCUCAAAUCGCUUGCCACGCUCUCCUCCUCUUCUUCCCGAUCUGCUUCCACGCCUGCUCGAUUUGGAAUCGACACUUCUUCAUUUGUUCGUCCCUGCUCUUGUGUUCUUCCUCGCCAUUUUAGUUCUGCGGAUGCUGCGAUCACGAAGACGGUUGAGGAUGUAAUGCCUAUUGCUACUGGCCAUGAGCGCGAGGAGAUUGAGGCAGAGCUUCAGGGAAAAAUGCUUCUGGAUAUAAACUAUCCUGAAGGUCCUUUUGGCACAAAGGAAGCACCUGCUGUUGUUAAGUCAUACUAUGACAAAAGGAUAGUUGGAUGCCCUGGAGGUGAAGGCGAGGAUGAGCAUGAUGUUGUCUGGUUUUGGCUGGAGAAAGACAAGCCUCAUGAAUGUCCAGUGUGUUCACAGUAUUUUGUGCUUGAAGUGGUUGGACCCGGUGGUCCACCUGAUGGACAUGGCGAUGACGACGACCAUCAUUGAUUUUAAGCCUGCAAAUUUUUCUUGAAUAAAUUUUGGACAGAUGAAGAGACUUUGUCUAGCAUACACUCGAGUCUUUAAAAUACCGGAAGCAUUAAUGUUGUUUGCUUUUAAUUGGAUUAUACAUUGUUUUGAUGCUCUUGCAAAUUUUGACGUAGAAAAUUUGUGAUUAUUUAGACGCAGUCUGGUCAUUUGCUGGAGUUGUCAUCAUUCCUGUUGGUUAACCUUAAUAACGAUAGCGACUCUCUGAUUUCUUUUCUUUUUGUAUAAAAGUUGCUUAAAAUAAUAAUUAAAAGAAAAGCUUCCAGGUUC